UGUUACUGUGAAAAUCACGCACAAUACACAUCACUGUGUUUGCCAGUAAAGAAGAAACAUUAUAAGAAUAUCUGACAAAUUCAGUUCUGCUGAUCAAGACAAUGUCUGACAAGACCGAGACCCAAACCUCAGACCUUCCUGAUGCACAUGGGGGGCGUCUAGAGGAAAACCCGGGCACUGGGCUAUUAAAUGUGAAGGAAGAGGAUGAGACAGAUGACAUGAAUAGUCAUCAGACUGAAAUACAUUGCUCCCUCCCUGCCGAUGAAGAUAACGCUGAUAUAGUGAAAGUUGAGAUAACAGAAGAUCUGUGUGUGAGGCAUCAGCUGGAAGCACCAGAUGAGGAAACCAGUGACAGUAUCAGUCAAGGCCGUAUGGAUGUGACGCCUUCAGAUGGCUCAGUAGUUCAGUACAGAGGAGAACCGUAUGUGUGUGAUCACGUGAAGACUGAGGAGGAUGAAGUUCCUAUCAAUACGGCUACAGGUGAUAUUAAGACUGAAGUCACAAUUAAUACUGAUCAGACUAAUGACCUGGAUGCUCUGAAGCAGGAAAUCAGUGACAAUAUCAGAACUGGUGACGUUAAGACUGAAGUUACACUUAAUGCUGAACAAACAAAUGAUCUGCAUGUAAAGAGUCCACUGGAAGUUGUGAAGCAGGAAAUCAGUGACAAUAUCAGUACAGGUGAAUUUACAAACAGCUGUAAUCCUAGUUCUAGCCAUGGUGGAAAUACAGAUACUUGUUUCAAUCUUCUUCAAAGUCAAAGAAGCAAUGUGGGAAAUUUAUGUUUUGAGUAUGGGGAUUUUCCCCCCAGAAAGUCUAAUCUUUUAAAACCGAAAAUUCAUACAGGAGAAAAAGAAUUUGCAUGUUCUGACUGUGGGAAAUGUUUUGCUUGGAAAUCAAAUCUUACUACACAUCAGAAAAUUCAUACAGGAGUGAAAGCAUUUUCAUGUUCUGAAUGUGGGAAAUGUUUUGCGUGGAAAUCAAAUCUCAUAACACAUCAGAAAAUUCAUACAGGGGAGAAAGCAUUUUCAUGUUCUGAAUGUGGAAAAUGUUUUACUCAGAUAUCAACUCUUAUUGCACAUCAGAAAAUUCAUACAGGACAGAAAGCAUUUUCAUGUUCUGAAUGUGGGAAAUAUUUUGCUAUGAAAUCACAUCUUAUUGGCCAUCAGAAAAUUCAUACAGGAGCUAGAGCAUUUUCAUGUUCUGAAUGUGAAAAGUGGUUUACUCAGAAAUCAAAUCUUAUUAAACAUCAAAAAAUACAUGCAGGAGAGAAAGCAUUUUCAUGUUCUGAAUGUGGGAAAUGUUUUACUGAGAAAUCAAAUCUUAUUACACAUCAGAAAAUUCAUACAGGAGAGAAACCAUUUUCAUGUUCUGAAUGCGGGAAAUAUUUUGCUUUAAAAUCAUAUCUUAUUGGCCAUCAGAAAAUUCAUACAGGAGAGAAAGCAUUUUCAUGUUCUGAAUGUGGGAAGUGUUUUACUAGGAAAACACAUCUUAUCAGUCAUCAGAAAAUUCAUAUAGUAGAGAAAGCAUUUUUAUGUUCUGAAUGUGGGAAAUAUUUUGCUCUGAAAUCAAAUCUUACUACACAUCAGAAGAUUCAUACAGGAGAGCAAGUAUUUUCAUGUUCUGAAUGUUGGAAGUGUUUUACUGACAAAUCAACUCUUAUUAGACAUCAGAAAAUUCAUACAGGAGAGAAAGUAUUUUCAUGUUCUGAAUGUGGGAAGUGUUUUACUCAGAAAUCAACUCUUAUUAGACAUCAGAAAAUUCAUAAAGGAGACAAAGCAUUUUCAUGUUCUGAAUGUGGAAAAUAUUUUACCAACAAAGGAAACUUUGUUACUCAUAAAAAACUUCAUACAGGAUAGAAAGGAUUUUCAUGUUCUGAAUAUGGGAAAAGUUUUUCUCAGAAGUUACAACUUCUUGCACAUCAGAAAAUUCAUACAGGAGAUAAAGCAUUCUAAUGCUUUGAACAGGGCAAACCCCUAUGUCAACAUCAAAAGAGCAAGAGCCUUCCAAAAGUCCUUGUCUGGUUUAGGAUAGUCCCUCUAGCUGAAUAAAAUGCAUUGUGCUGAAUUAUAACUAAAAUAUAUCAUUUUUCUUUUUAUAAAUAUUUUUUUUAA